AAAAUCAUUUGAAGAAAAAAAGUGAGAGAGAGAAAGAAAAGAAAGAACUGCUGCUGAAAACUACAUCAUAGAAUUUGGUCUAAGCCAAACUCACCUAGAAAUACUUGUUUUUAUCCAAAAUUUUUCCAUUCCUCCUAGUUUCUUUACCAGGUCGGUGACCAAAUACAAAAUCAUACGUAAUCCAUUAGCACAAGUUUGUAGUCUGGUUUAUUGGGUUUUCCCAACUCAAGCUUGCAUCCAUGGAGUUUCCGAAUCAAGCACUGGAGGGAUCUUCGCAGAGGAAAAUCGGAAGAGGAAAAAUCGAAAUUAAGCGGAUCGAAAACACAACAAAUCGGCAAGUCACCUUCUGCAAGCGCCGCAACGGUUUGCUAAAGAAAGCCUAUGAACUAUCUGUUCUUUGUGAUGCUGAAGUUGCACUCAUCGUCUUCUCCAGUCGUGGCCGCCUCUAUGAGUAUUCUAACAACAGUGUUAGAGGAACAAUUAACAGGUACAAGAAAGUGUCUACUGAGUCCUCCAACCCGGGAUCUGUUGCUGAAGUUAAUGCGCAGUUUUACCAGCAAGAAUCAUCCAAACUUCGAAGACAGAUCCGAGAAAUCCAAAAUCUGAACAGGCAUAUAGUGGGUGAAGCACUUAGCUCAAUGACCUUUAAGGAACUCAAGAACCUGGAGGGAAGAUUGGAGAAAGGAAUCACAAGAGUUAGAACCAAAAAGAAUGAAAUGCUCCUUGCUGAGAUCGAGUUCAUGCAAAAGAGGGAAGUUGAGCUGCAAAAUGAGAACAAUUACCUGCGAGCAAAGAUAGCUGAAAAUGAGAGAGCACAGCAGCAGCAAGGAACAAACUUGAUGCCAGAAACUGUGUACGAGUCCGUGUCCUCACAAACAUAUGAUCGGAACUACCUCCCAGCAAACCUUCUGGAAUCCAAUCAUCAUUACUCUCGCUAAGACCAGACUUCUCUCUAACCAGUUUGACCUAGCCUGAAGGAAGAAAACUGGUGUUAUAUUAUAUCCCUGCCUUUCCUAUGUCUGGUUGAAAUUUUAAUUUGUGUAUUACUGAAAAGCAGUUUGUCCCAGUUCAAAUAAUUAGUGCUAUUUAGAGUUUUCUCUACAAGUCAUAAAUUUGUGUUACUAGAAACGUAUUCCAGUUGUAUGUUCCUGCAAAUACUACGAUAACAUAGUGAGCUUGAAACUUGCUUACGCUGCAUAUUUUGCUGCUCAUUGCAUGUGUGUGUGUGUGUGUGUCUGCAUGCAAAUGCAAAGUUCAAGGUCUAUUUACGAAUA